AUGCGUGAUGAUGGAUCUGCACCGCAGUUUUCAUCUAAUCCUGGCACUCUGGUAAAAGUUCCCUGGACUAUACUGCCUACUAUCGCAGACAAAAUAAACGAGCUUCAAGAGGCAGCCCCUAUAGAGCUCCUGGGUGCCUGGCUGAUGUCGACGCAGUCUGCUGAAGUGCCGUAUGUCCAGUACAACAGCAUCACAUGCUCCAUCUGUUUAGAUCCGGUCCUCAAUCAUCAUCCAGUUCAUACUCUGCGGUGUCGUCAUGUGUUCCAUGAUCUUUGCCUUGAAAGAUGGUUUUUACGGGGUCAUAAUAGCUGCCCACUGUCCCAGAAGGCUUUAGUAGAGGUCUGUGACAUAUGCCAGCACUGGACGGGUACUUGGGGGCUGACCCCGCCUCUUUCAGCAGUCUAA